GUUGUUAUUAAUCGUCAGUAAUAAAUCAUGUGCUCAUAUCAAGUAUUGUCUAGAAUGUAAUCAGUGCAGUUAUGAACUAUUUCGUACAAAAAUUUAUUAAUGAUAGUGCUGUUUGAAUGUGAAAAAUCAGACAUUUAUUUGUGGAACAAUGGUAAAACUAUAUUAUGAAAAAUUGGCACAUUCGAAGCAACUUUGUUUGCAGUGUAUUACGUGAUUAAUGAAGAUCAACAAUAAGCAGGUGAAUUUUAUCAUGGGAACUAUGGCGCAUUGGUUUGCGAUCGCCCAUUGGCAAGUGCAUUGAUGGACGCAUACAAUACUCGAGGGCGUACACUUGUUGUCGGUCGUCUGUCCGCAGAACAAAAGUUACUCACCGAUGACGUGUGCGGGGCACUCCGAGUACUUGCAGACAUGCGACCCGCAAGACCUGUGCUCUCCUGGGAAUGCCCGGAGCUCACAUAUUUCGGCAAUUGCAUAAUCCCUUCGAUAGAAGACACAGUGACGGCGAUAGCGGCUCUGUACGAACUAAUGAGCUGGCAGAACUCCAUAAUAAUCACAGUCGAUGAAGGAUGGUGGCCCAAAAUGGCUACUAAGAUUCAGAAAAUUAUAUCGCCUUCAAUAGUGAUUAUUGGUGUGGACGAACUAAUUGAAGAUGAUCUCUAUCAAGUUAUCAUAAUAUGCGCAUCGAUGCGCUCGGUAGCCGGCCGUAAAAUCCUCGCCGAGUUGAACGGUCUGGAUUUAUACCAGAGCAAAAUACUGAUCGUGGACGUGAACAGUGCAGUGUUUUACGACCAAGAUGUUACAGACAGUUUGUCGACUAGUCAACUUAACGGUACAUUUAAUAUAUCAAAUGAAACGAUAACAAGAUUUGGUGCCGGCGACGAUUUGAACGUAAUUUUAAAAGACGACAUCAAGAGGAACGUUUUAGUGCUCAGCGCUUACGCGUUAGACCAAGAAGUUUCUUUUAAACAUGAGUUGUUUGAACGUCUGGUUAUAUUAGACAAAGUUGUCGAUUCGAAUGCAAGCUCCAGGUUUACCUUUACGGUGCUUGACUGGAGAAAAGAUGAAGGCAUGCACAGAUUUUCGAGCGAAUGGAGACCGAUAUUGAGUUUGGAUUUGCAUAGAGAUUUAACGAAUGCGGCAAAUGUUGGCUUGAAUUGGACGCGCGUGACCAUGCGGGAAGGAAUGAGCUCGGAGGUCCUUGCGACGAGGAUGCAGCCUUAUUUUGCGGAAUGGCUUACGAGAGAGGUUUUUGGUCUCGGCGCAGAUUGCCGCCCGUUUUGCAUUGGACGCGGAGGCCGACAAGCCGCUCCAUGGAGUGUAGCAGCAGCAACCGGAGCCGCCGUAUUAGCUGUGGCGGCAGUAGUUGCAGGAGUGGCAGUUGCGGUCCGAAAUUAUGCCAUCAGGACACGUUUGUCUAAAGGACCCAAUCGUGUAGUUCUCACAGCUUCGGAUUUUGUGUUUCCGCAGCCUGCAGAUGCCAGAAGAGUGGAUGAAGGGAUCGAAGCGAUGCUUUGCUGCUGGCUGCAGCAAUUACAAGAAUUCGGCGGUCCGGACAUCAACAACGAUAAACCUGAUCUUAUCAAAGGAUCAGUGGGAUCCUUGAGAGCACUCGGAGCACUUGCAGGCAUCCAACCACCGAUCAUGACAUCAACAAAGCUUGCUUCGAGUAGUGGAUCCUUGACUAAGAAUAAUUGUACGUCGGGGGAUUUUAGAGCACGAUAUAAUGGAGACCUUGUGCAAAUGAAACAGUUGCCUGAUGGUCCACAAGAGUUACGUGCAAAAGCCAUGGAUUUUCUCGUAACUGCACACGGCCUACGACAUGAAAACUUGAAUCCGCUCAUAGGAUUUUUACCCGAUCCAGCAUACUCUGCUUUGGUCUUCGAAUGGUGUAGUCGCGGUUCUCUUCAAGAUGUUUUAGUUAUGGAUGAAAUUAAACUCGAUUGGUCAUUUCGAUUGUCUCUCCUUACGGACCUAGUCAGGGGUAUGCGUUACUUGCAUUCGUCGCCCCUGAGAGCGCACGGCGCUUUGACGUCGCGCAAUUGCGUCAUAGACGCUCGAUGGGUCUUGAAGAUCACAGACUACGGGCUUCCGUCUUUCUAUGAGGCCCAAGGAAUAGUACCGCCCCAAAAAUCAGCAAGAGAACUCUUAUGGACAUCUCCGGAAGGCCUGCGUGCUUUAUCCGGCAACAAGGGCUCGAAGAAAGGUAUGGCUCCGGCUACGCAGCCAGGCGACGUGUUUAGCUUCGGAAUAAUCAUGCAGGAGGUCGUGGUUCGUGGUGAACCUUACUGCAUGCUGUCGUUAACCCCCGAGGAAAUUAUAGAAAAAGUAAAAAAACCACCACCGUUGAUUCGUCCAUCAGUUUCGAAAGGUGCAGCACCGCCGGAAGCAAUCAACAUAAUGCGUCAAUGUUGGGCAGAACAGCCGGAAAUGCGUCCAGACUUCUGCGCCGUUUAUGAUCUGUUUAAGAAACUCAAUCAUGGACGGAAAGUCAACUUCGUCGACACGAUGUUUCAAAUGCUGGAAAAGUAUAGUAAUAAUUUAGAAGAUCUUAUUCGCGAGAGAACAGAACAAUUGGACAUAGAAAAAAAGAAAACUGAGCAACUCUUAAAUAGGAUGCUGCCGAGUUCCGUCGCGGAGAAACUGAAACUCGGUUUAGCCGUUCAGCCUGAAGAGUUUUCCGAAGUGACGAUUUAUUUCAGCGACAUCGUGGGUUUCACCUCAAUAGCCGCCCAUUGCAGUCCGGUGCAAGUUGUGGAUCUACUGAACGACCUUUACACGUGCUUUGAUGCCACCAUUAACGCUUAUAAUGUGUACAAGGUCGAAACAAUAGGAGAUGCAUACAUGGUCGUAGGCGGCUUGCCGACUCGAACACCGGAUCAUGCUGAGCAAAUUGCUUCGAUGGCACUUGAUCUUUUGCACCAGUCGGGGACUUUCAAAAUAAGACACUUGCCCGGGACACCUUUAAGAUUACGAAUAGGACUUCAUAGUGGACCUUGUUGUGCGGGUGUAGUUGGGCUAACGAUGCCGAGAUAUUGUUUAUUUGGCGACACAGUCAAUACAGCUUCUAGAAUGGAAUCAACUGGUAAGAACUGGAGAAUCCAUUUAUCGCAAGCCACUCGGGACUAUUUAGAGCAAGCCGGUGGAUACGUUUUAGAGGCGAGAGGUUCCACCGAAGUCAAAGGCAAAGGGGUCAUGACCACGCACUGGCUCCUAGGCAAACAUGGAUUCGAUAAACCUCUUCCUACACCUCCCACUCUUGGAGUAAAUGAAAAUAUUAUCAUAACUGCGUCAGAAACAUCGCUUCCAGCUAGAAGUAGCAUGACAACACAUUCAUUUCAAAGGCGUUCUCUUGAAUCAGCUAGCGAUCCUGGAACACCGUCAAAGUCUUGUUACGAAAAACACUACGGAACACAACAAAGAGAUCAUGUGAGCGAUCCAGAAGCAAUUGAAAAUCUCAGAAGUCCAGAUAAGAGGCAAGCCCAUCUCUCUUGCUCUCAAGAUGCAAGUGGAACAAGUUACCAUAAAAAACUUCUUCGACAUGUAAUAGAGGAGCAUGAUCUCAGCUCGCCAUACAACCAUUAUCGUUUGAGCCCUAGUGAUAGUAAUCUUAGUCAACCAACAAAUUCAAAAUCAUGCGAUCAUCGAUUAAGGUUUCUAAAAAGACAAUUUAGUUUAGAUAGAGUCAGAGCACCUUUGCACAAACAAAAUUCAGCCGGUGCUGCAAAUGAUUUGGAGAAAAUAGAAGAAUUACCAUUAAAAUCACCGAAAGUCAGCACUAUACCAAAAAAUGCUGUAUCACUAAGUGUAGACGCUUUGGCGUUGCAUUAA